UUGCAGACGCUCGUUCUGCUGCGCUCUUUUUGCUCCAUCUCUUCUCUGUGGAGAGCAAUGAGUGCAGAUUCCAUUCACAGUCUGUCUGGCAGCAUCUUGAUUGGCCAAAACGGGGAUGGAGUUGAGGACCUGAGGGACCGAACACCUCUGUAAGGAGCCUGAGGCGGAGAAGGGGUAGAAAUUUCAACAGGAAAAGAACCACGUCGGAUUUCUUCCAGUGGAGAUUAUUUUGCAUCACAAAACGGGGAGGAAAAAAAAAUCAGAGAGAGGACCCUGGUACUCUGAACCGGCUGCACAAGCGGUGCCAUUCACUGUGGUAAUUUGAGUGAUUGGGGCGUCAUCGACAAAGACCUCCGCCGCUACCUCAACCUACGUUUCCAGAAAGGCUCAGUGGACCACGAGCUGCAGCAGAUCAUCCGGGACAACCUGUACCUCCGCACCGUCCCCUGUACUACCAGGCAGCCUAAGGAGGGAGAGGUCCCAGGCGUGGAUUAUAACUUUGUGACCGUUGACCGGUUUAUGGAAUUGGAGAAAAGCGGAGCUCUGCUGGAGAGCGGAACAUAUGAAGAUAACUUUUACGGAACCCCAAAGCCUCCAGCUGAGCCCAGCGCUCUGCUGCUAAAUGUAACGGACCAGCUGCUGCCGGGCGCCAGACCCAGCUCCGAGGGCAAAAGAAAGCGGAACAAGUCAGUCAGCAACAUGGAGAAAGCCAGCAUCGAGCCCCCUGAGGAGGAGGAGGAGGAAAAGCCCAUCGUCAAUGGCAACGGCGUCGCCGUCACUCCAGGUAAGAACCCCGACAAAACCUUCAGCGAAGGACGGCCCGGCAUUGUCACACCGGCCAGACCGAGGUCCCGAAUCAGUUUAAAGUUAGAUGCUCAGCUUCCUCAAAGGUGGUUGCUUAGCAACAGUAAAGCGCCUCCUUCGUACGAGUUUCUGUAA